CCCGAUUGUAAAUCAGAUGGGGAGCUGAGGCCGGGGGAGGGCAGGGCUCUGCCCAGGGUCACUCUGCUGUGGUGGCCGGAACUCAGAGCUCGUGACCGUCCGGCGGGAAGGCUGGGGACGGGCUGGCAGCUGCAGGGCCUCGCCCCUCAGGCACAGAGGACGGGAAUCACCGGCGCCUUGGCAGAGGAGGUGCUGUGGACGACUCGCGCGGAUGGGCGGGUGCACCUGCGGAUGGACCCCAGCUGCCCACAGCUUCCCUACACUGUGCACCGGAUGUUCUACGAGGCCCUGGACAAGUAUGGGGACCUCAGGGCUCUGGGCUUCAAGCGCCAGGAAAAGUGGGAGCACAUCUCCUACUCCCAGUACUACCUGCUCGCCCGCAGGGCCGCCAAGGGCUUCCUGAAGCUCGGCCUGGAGCGGGCCCACAGCGUAGCCAUCCUCGGCUUCAACGCCCCGGAGUGGUUCUUCUCAGCAGUGGGCACGGUGUUUGCAGGUGGCAUCGUCACCGGCAUUUACACAACCAGCUCCCCCGAGGCCUGCCAGUACAUCGCCUAUGACUGCCGCGCCAACAUCGUCGUGGUCGACACGCAGAAACAGCUGGAAAAGAUCCUGAAGAUCUGGAAACAUUUGCCACAUCUAAAGGCAGUGGUGAUAUAUAAAGAACCUCCUGCAAAGAAGAUGGCCAAUGUGUACACGAUGGAGGAAUUCAUGCAGCUGGGGAACGAAGUGCCCGAGGAGGCCCUGGAUGUCAUCAUCGAUGCCCAGCAGCCCAACCAGUGCUGUGUGCUGGUCUACACGUCGGGCACCACUGGAACCCCCAAGGGCGUGAUGCUGAGUCAAGACAAUAUCACGUGGACAGCAAGGUACGGCAGCCAGGCCGGCGACAUCCAGCCAGCGGAAGUCCAGCAGGAGGUGGUGGUCAGCUACCUGCCCCUCAGCCACAUUGCCGCCCAGAUCUACGACCUGUGGACAGGCAUCCAGUGGGGAGCCCAGGUCUGCUUUGCCGAGCCUGACGCCCUGAAGGGGAGCCUGGUGAACACACUGCGGGAGGUGGAGCCCACAUCCCACAUGGGGGUGCCGAGGGUGUGGGAGAAGAUCAUGGAGCGGAUCCAGGAAGUGGCAGCUCAGUCUGGCUUCAUCCGGCGCAAGAUGCUGCUGUGGGCCAUGUCGGUGACCUUGGAGCAGAACCUCACCUGCCCUGCCAGUGACCUGAAGCCCUUCACAACCAGACUCGCAGAUUACCUGGUGCUAGCCAAGGUCCGCCAGGCGCUGGGCUUUGCCAAGUGUCAGAAGAAUUUCUACGGAGCGGCGCCCAUGACUGCAGAGACACAGCGCUUCUUCCUGGGCCUCAACAUUCGCUUGUACUCGGGCUAUGGCCUCAGCGAGACCUCAGGCCCCCACUUCAUGUCCAGCCCCUGCAACUACCGGCUCUACAGCUCGGGCAAAGUGGUGCCAGGCUGCCGCGUGAGGCUGGUGAACCAGGAUGCAGAGGGCAUCGGUGAGAUCUGCCUGUGGGGCCGCACCAUCUUCAUGGGCUACCUGAACAUGGAGGACAAGACACGUGAGGCCAUCGACGAGGACGGCUGGCUGCACACAGGUGACACCGGCCGCCUGGAUGCCGAUGGCUUCCUCUAUAUCACCGGGCGCCUCAAAGAACUAAUCAUCACAGCCGGUGGGGAGAAUGUGCCCCCUGUGCCCAUCGAGGAGGCCGUGAAAAUGGAGCUGCCCAUUGUCAGCAACGCCAUGCUGAUCGGGGACCAGAGGAAGUUCCUGUCCAUGCUGCUCACCUUGAAGUGCACUCUGGACCCAGACACCUCUGACCCGACUGACAAUCUGACCGAACAAGCUGUGGAGUUCUGCCAGAGGGUGGGCAGCAAAGCCACCACAGUGUCUGAGAUCGUGGGGAAGAAGGAUGAGGCCGUGUAUCAGGCCAUCGAAGAGGGCAUCCAGAGGGUCAACAUGAACGCGGCAGCCCGACCCUACCACAUCCAGAAGUGGGCCAUUCUUGAGAGGGACUUCUCCAUUUCAGGUGGAGAGUUUGGUCCCACAAUGAAAUUGAAGCGGCUCACAGUUUUGGAGAAGUACAAAGAUAUCAUUGACUCUUUUUACUAUGAGGAGAAAAUGUAACCAGGGGCCGUGCUUGAAGUUCCUUCGGGAUGGACGGCAGGCCCCCCGAAUGUCUUCCUGAGCCCCAGAUCCCUCAGUCUGGGCACGGGCACUCCUCUGGCAGAUCUGUCAGGUCUCCAGGUGAGGGGAGGGCACUGGCACCUAUGUUUGCCAGGUCUUACGCCAACAAUAGCUGACAAUUCCGAGAAGCUUCACGUGUGGGUAGUUUUAAUUCUAUUUAAGUACUGCUUUUUGUCCAGGUGACAGAUGAGAUCAGCUCUCCAGAACAAAAGGGCAGAUAACUUUUGACCUGAGUUCGAGGUAGAUUAAUAUGCUGCCAGCUCACCUAAUGGGCCAGCCAGCAGCAGGCUGUGGAGGGAAGUGGGGGAGAUAGCUGGUAUUACUAGCAUGUGCCACAGGGAAAGCAAACAGUUGUAACUCAUCUAGCGGCCUGACUUACUUCGGAAUCUUGUUGGACGCUACCGACUUGUCAUCCCAUCACCAGGCGCUCCUCCACCAUGCACAUGCCGACUGACUUGAUGCUUAAUAAAACUGCUGCUGCCUAUUUGAUUCUAUUUAAUGUGUAAUUUGAAUAUUAAACCUUUUAACAGAACUGU